AUGGCUGACAUCUUGUUCGUUAGUAAUCUAGCCGUGAAAGCCGGGAAGAUGAUUGAAGCUGGCUUCUCAAAAAGUAUUCCGUAUGACAAGAAAGAAUCAUAUGCUGACUUGGUAACUGAAGUGGAUAAAGCUGUCGAGAAUUAUAUCUGUCAAGAAAUCCUUUCAUCGUUCCCUACUCACAAAAUUAUUGCAGAGGAAGGGUAUUCUGGAAACGCCGAGCUUACUUGUUCGCCUACAUGGAUAAUCGACCCGAUUGAUGGAACCUCAAACUUUGUUAGCAGGUUCCCUUUUGUUUGCGUUUCAAUUGCUUACUAUGUUAACAAAGAGCCCGAGCUAGCUGUUGUUUAUAAUCCGAUAUUGAAAUGGCUGUUUCAUGGAAUUCGUAAUCAAGGAGCAUUUCUGAAUGACAAACAAAUUCAUACAUCAAAACUUCAGGAUCUGUCUCAGGCUUUGGUUUUGACCGACUGGGGAGGUGACCGGAAUCCAAGUGUUUUAGAUAUUAAGUCAAACAAUAUUCGCCAAAUAAUAUCGAAAGCUCGUGGAGUGCGCACCAUGGGUUCAGCAGCUUUGCAUAUGUGUCAGAUUGCUGCCGGUAAUGGUGAUAUAUUUUUCGAAUUUGGAAUUCACUGUUGGGAUUAUGCCGCAGCUGUAUUGAUUGUUCGUGAAGCAGGAGGUUUUUGUUGUAAUUUUGACGGUAAACCUGUAGAUUUAAUGGCGAGAAAUGUUAUAUGUGCGGGAACUCCAGAACUAGCUAACGCUCUUAUUCCUCUUAUUCAACCAGUUGGUUACGCGAGAGACUGA